ACCAUAGAUACAGUCAAUCACCACUCUAUGCUCAGAGUCUCUGUGUGAGUGUACUUGUACCUAGUAUUCCGUCCAAGUACUCCGUACGUAGCAUAUUUUCAUGCUUUCUUCAUCUUACAAGAAAGCUCCGUACAACUCCCGUACCAGUAGACUCACAGUCAUACUAGUCCUAACAGUAGCAAGCUCCCCAAGCAUUCUUCUUAUUAGGUAUUAUUAUUACUACUACUCCGUACUAUUGUCCAGGACAUACUUCUGUAGGUGCAGCUAUCUCCCAAUGUGUGUGCUACUAGCAGAAGUCACUACUACGGAAAAUCAUAAUAAUACCUCAUAAUAAUGCCAAAUAAUAGGCCUAGUAAAAAUCAAUAUGAUUCCUAAGGCCUUCUCCAUUCAGUAACUGGAAAUACAGGUAUGAGGGGAUUUUGUCGGGCACGGGCAAUUCCAGUACCUGUCU